AUGGGCACAAUAAAAGGAGAGAAGCUAAAUGAGCCAGAGUCUGGGCCCAACCCGAGCCUGAUCUCCCAUAAGGAACUGCCCCUCUUGGAGUAUAUGGUUGAGUUUAGCCAGCUUGCCAUUUUAACGGUGUUCAAUGACGCUGUGUUAAACUCACUGUUUUGGAUCGGGUCUAAUUACCACCGCCCCAUUGACCUCCCAGACACCACUGGACUGAGCUGGAGGGAAGCGAUCAUCUGGUGUCUGGAGAGCCUGACAUACCUUCCUCCUCCAUGGGGCGAGUGUGUGACCAGAGCCCUGGAUUCAGGCCUCUUUGAGGUGUACAGCGUGUCUGCCUGUCGCAUUGAGUGUGAGACACGCUACAUCAUUGAAAACUGCAACUGCAGAAUGGUCUACAUGCCAGGUGAUUCUCCGUACUGCACUCCUGAACAGUAUAAGGAUUGUGCUGAACCUGCUCUGGCUGCUCUGUCAGCUGUUGAAGGCACAAGCUGCAUCUGCAGGAGCCCCUGUAACAUGACUCGAUACAACAAAGAGCUUUCCAUGGUCAAGAUCCCCAGUAAAACCUCUGCUCGCUACCUGGAGAAGAAGUUCAACCGAUCAGAGAAGUACAUCACGGAUAAUAUCCUAGUUCUGGAUGUCUUCUUUGAGGCUCUGAAUUAUGAGACCAUAGAGCAGAAGAAAGCAUAUGAGGUGGCGGGUCUACUAGGGGAUAUUGGUGGUCAGAUGGGUUUGUUUAUCGGUGCAAGUAUCCUGACCAUACUGGAGCUAUUUGAUUAUGCAUAUGAGGUAGUGAAGGAGAAACUGCUGGACCUGCUGAACCGAGAGGAGGAGGAAGAGAGUCAUGGAGAGGAUGUGAGUACCUGUGAUCCGGUGGUAAACCACUCCGAAUCGAUUAGCCACACGGUCAGCGUUCCCCUCCAGACCACCCUGGGCACCCUAGAGGAGAUUGCCUGCUGAGCACGUAACCCCUCCACACCAACAGAGGGAGCCGGGCCACUCCACUCCAAUGGGUGAAGGACAAAGUAAACCGAGGGAAAAGUCUCUGUUGCUAUUUCUCAUCAUGUUAUCUUUUUGGCAGAAACAUGAGACCUAGAAGCCAAGGAGCUUCUCAAGGAACAUGAGGACCCCAAAGUUUCUCACAAACACCAUCUGUUUGUUCUGGACUCAUGAAGGAAAGCAGAAGCUUGUGAAACCUGUCUGGACAGUCCCUUGUAAAAAUAAGACAAACAUGAAAACACGAGCAUGUGAGGAACUGCAGAUGCGCACAGCCUCGGCAUGUUCUCGCGUCCUCUCUUUCUCCCUGUGCCCAGACGUCAUUUUGAAGUAUACUGCCAAAACACUGUAAAUUAUCAACGGAUAAAAUGUUGCGAAGCUGUUCUAACUGUGCAUGUGUCAGUUUCAUGUGUUACAAUAUAGUUUUCUCAAACUUUUCAUCCUCUUUCACGUGUGGAGACAGUUUUGUCUUCUUGUGCUGUGUUUCUACAUCUCACUUGGCUUCUUGAUGUAUCAGGGAUGCAUCAUAAAACUGAGAGACCAUUUCUUCUUUCCUUUUUUUAUUUUUUUUAUCCUUCAUAGAAAAGCCAAAUGGGUCACGGUACAAUGGCAGCCAUUAUGAGCCCAUUGUGGCUGUGAAUGGCUCUUCUACAUGCUUUCUGGAUCCCAUUUGAAAAAUGAAGAACAGAGAGUACAAAAAAAAGUGUUUUUGUCGCUUUCUGCAUAAGAAUAUAGUCAUGCAACUAGCGGUUUUCAUUUUGUUACAUGUGAGAGGUGUUAAUUUGUAAUUUAAAGCUGAUAUUAGAAAACUGAUAUGAUCUUUCAUGCUUCUAAUACAGAGUUGAGAGAUACAUCAGCACUUUUCAGAGAUUUUUUUGGCGGCGAUCAUAAUUUCACUUUCCCAACUAUCGUAAGUGGGAUGUUUUCAAACACAUAAAGGAUUUAGAGGAGUUCAUGGUGGUUUAUUAUGUGAGAUGACGCUGUAAUGUUGUCUUUGUCUCAUCUCAUCUCUUCAUUUCACAGCUCUUCAUCUUUGCUGGGGUUAAUUAACGCUGUAAUUGUCAUAUGUUAUCUGAUAUUUACUAUGUUCCCACGGUGUUCUUUGAUGAUGGAUGAUAGACAGCUCAAAGGUGUGAUUAUGUUCUUGUCUGCUCUUGAACUAAAUGUGAGGUUCUUGUUACACUAUACAUCAGUAUGAAUGAAACCUCAACUGACCCAGUCAUUCUACAACAUGUACAGUGUUUCAGCCAAAAUUCAUUAACUGAUGCCAAAUCAUUCGUGCUGAAAAUAAUGAAAGGAGGGUCGCUUCUGGGUGACGAGAGUGAGCUUGAUUGCAUUUCUCAAUUUAACACUCUUCAAUAUUCAAUUUAAAGAUAUUGACCAGCACAAAUUUCAGUCACAGUAUGAAAAACAAGAAUUAGAGUUUGUGUGUUAAAACUGUAGGUGAAACUUUUGAACAAAUUGUUCUAGGACAUGAAGGCCACUGGCUGACAAGUAACACCAGAAAUUUGUUGAGAAGCUCCUAGAAUCUAUAAAAAAGGUAUUUAAUCGGGUUUAAUAAACCCAGGCCUUCACACGUGACCUAGGGCCCCUUUGUCCAAUCAGAUUUGAGCUAGAGGAUUUCUUAGAAGAUUAUUAGUAGUUAUUAUUUUCAUGCCCCCUUCUGGAGCAACAGUAUUAAGAGGCAUGAUUUGCACCUUUAUCAUAAUGCAAAAUUUAUAAACAUUAUAAUUUUCCACAAGGAAUAGAAUAAUGAAUGCGUGCUAUGGGUUGUUUGUGGCAUGUGAGAGGGCCAUGUGAUUGUGUGACUACAGACAAAUGUUGCUUAAUGUGUGUUAUAUUUUAUUCUAUAAAUAUAGUAGGUAAAAAAAAGAAGCAAAUAUCCAGUCUGAACAGUUUUCUGAUUUGCAAAGUAUCCGUGACUGAAUGUAAAUGUUUUUAGUUGUUUCAUUUGCAAUUGAAUUUGCUAAUCAAAUGUAAUGGGCUAUGGAGGAUGAAUGUGUUGUCCUUAUUUGCCCUAAAAUCUGAUGAUUUAUUCUAAAUAUGUCAAAGAUAAAGCUGUAAACCUCAAGGUUUCAAGCACAUGCAUAGAAGAAGAAAAAAAAACAACCAAACAUGUACAAACUACAAACGCAGAAACCCACAGCAUCUGUCCAUACAGUACUUAAACAACAGUAAAUUAUGAAGUUACUCAUAAUGUUAAACAGUAAUUUUAGUGAACUCUUUCUUGCCAUGCGGACAAACACCCAAGGGGUGUCACAUCACCUUUGCUAUUUUUUCAUUAGGAGAAACCUGAGGAGUUGAUGGUUUCUAACACCAAUGUAUAAAAUGCUCCAGUACCUCAGACCUUAGAGAUGAAAACAAUAAAGUCUACAUGGAUUACA